UUGAAACCUCUAUCUGUGGCAAUAAUGUACUACUUCUGCAUUUAGCGUUUGGUGAACUCCAGUCCCACUGAAACAAUGGGUUAGAAAACCCUCCAUCGACUUUACCAAGCACAGACUCUCGUUUCAAAACCAAACUGACUAAAUCCUUUACAUAAGCCAUAAUUAAUGGUGCAAUGAUUGAGUCCAACAUGAGUCGGGGUUGCGCGUGGUGCGCUGGAGGAGGUGACGGGACCAGCGCGCAUUUGGAUGAGAAUCACUCAGAACAAAGUCUGAGCCCGACGGGACACUUGGUGGUCGCGGUGUGCCUUGGAUUCAUCGGGACUUUCGGGUUUCUCAACAACACGCUCGUUCUCAUUCUGUUCUGUCGCUACAAAGUGCUGCGCUCGCCCAUGAACUAUCUUCUGGUGAGCAUCGCAGUCAGUGAUCUGCUGGUGUGCGUCCUCGGCACUCCGUUCAGCUUCGCCGCCAGUACGCAGGGACGGUGGCUCAUCGGACGCGCGGGAUGCGUGUGGUAUGGCUUCAUAAACUCAUGUCUGGGCGUCGUGUCUCUAAUCUCGCUGGCGGUGCUCUCUUACGAGCGCUACUGCACCAUGAUGGGGGCCACGCAGGCCGACUCUACCAAUUACAAAAAGGUGGCCAUGGGUAUUGCCUUCUCCUGGAUAUAUUCCAUGGUUUGGACUCUUCCACCACUGUUUGGAUGGAGCUGCUACGGUCCGGAGGGUCCCGGCACCACAUGCAGUGUCAACUGGGCCGCCAGGACGGCCAACAACGUGUCUUACAUUAUCUGUCUGUUUUUCUUCUGCCUUAUUCUCCCUUUUAUCGUGAUUGUCUACAGCUAUGGAAGACUCCUCCAGGCUAUCACACAGGUGAGCCGGAUCAAUACAGUGGUGAGUCGUAAACGGGAGCAGCGUGUGCUCUUCAUGGUGGUCACCAUGGUGGUGUGUUACCUGCUCUGUUGGCUGCCCUACGGGAUUAUGGCCCUGCUAGCCACGUUUGGGCGGCCCGGCCUGGUCACACCAGCGGCCAGCAUUGUUCCUUCUCUGUUAGCCAAGACCAGCACCGUCAUAAACCCCAUCAUCUACAUCUUCAUGAACAAACAGUUUUGCAGAUGUUUCCAUGCGCUCGUCAUGUGCACCACCCCAGAGAGAGGCUCCAGCUUUAAAAACUCCUCCAAAGUCACCAAAACUCUCAGGACAGUGCGACGCGCCAAUGGCCAGAAUGUGACCUUCGCUGUGGCCUCGGCUGGCCAUCCUACUAUUUGUGCCCCACACAGCGGGGGGCAGAAAAGUUCCUCCGAGGGUGAGAAGCCCUCUCCUGCGGGCCAGCGCACCAACAGACCUGUUGUCUCUCUUGUGGCCUAUUACAAUGGUUGAGCUCAUACAGUCAGGCCAAACCAACACUAAUACAGUGGAAUUACAGGUGACGGAGGUCACGGAUUGCGUAAAAAGAAAAGAGAAUUGAUAAGUGGUGUGUCUUGGUAUAUGGAACUAGGACAUGCCCCUCACUGACAAUCAUGUCAUGUUGCAUGUAUGAUCUUUCUGGGGGAACAAAACUAAGAAUGGAUAUUUAGUGAACAGCUGGAGAAAGACUUUGGGAGAAAGUCUCAGAUUCUCCAUUUCUUUCUCUUGGAGAAAGAAAUGACUUCUCUAGAACAAGUAGGAAACAUGCACAUGGAUCUAAUUGUUAAUUUAGUUGAUGUUUCUUCAGUCCAGGAUGUAAAUGUGCUCUCAGAUUUUGGUGAAGUGAAACUGAUGAGCCUGUUUGUUUCUGAUGUUUUACUU